AUGUUGUCCCCCGCAAGCACGACAACCAACAACCCUGCCGCGGGCAUCGACCACGUCAGCUUCCCCGACAUAAUCGACAGGAUACUUCUCCACUGCGACCGCGAGGCAGUCUUCAUGCUUCGCAGGCCGGAGAACUCAAACAAGCUGAUGUACGACCUCAUCAACAAGCGCCUGUUUCGACACGUGGCCAUCAUCCGCGUGCACGAGAACGUGCACUACAAGCCCAAGGUGGAGACGUUCCAGAUUGUCGACGUCGACGGCCGCCGCCGGCUCCCCAUCCCGCCGUUCAAGUGCUACGACGAGGACUUGGCCAAGCGCAACAAGGAUUUCAAUCUCACGACACGGUGGGACUUGAAGAGCAUGAAUAUGCUGGAGGAUCGACGCGAUGACUUCCUUCGACUCGUCCGCAUGGUCGACACGAACAGUGCGUUUCCGCGUUGCGUCAACAUCCGGUUCCCGCGCCUUGACGCCGCGAGGAUCUUCCACAAUUCGACCCACAAGACUGAGUUCACUCUGGCCGAAAACCACGAACUGCACCGAAGCAGGAUGGUCAUCCGGUUCCUUGACGCCUCGCCGUUUCAAGCCCACAGCGGCCCCUUUGACACGGCAUCGCACAACGUGGGCCACCUCGACAUCAUCCUCUCGCACCACUUCCGCUCGUUUGAUGCCCUCGACUCGCUCCCCAGGUUUCUCAAGGCUGCGUGUGGCGGUGGAACUGUGCACAACGUCCGCCUCGUCGGGGUGCUAAAGUACAUUCGCCCAUUCUACGCACGUAUCAACUUCGGGCUACAUAAAAUGGUCAAGUCGUACACCGUCGAGGACUUUGUCACUCGGACGAUUUGGAGCAAGGAGGAACCGGCACGGCUCGCCGCCGGUCGCGCCGCCCUCUUCGAGGCGAUUGACGCGUACCAGGUGGCCCAACGUAGCACACGGGACGCCCCCGUCGUCAUAGAUCAUACGGGCUUCCCCGAGAUCAUUGACACGAUUCUCGACGCCUGCGACCAUGACGGCCUCCUGCAUUUCCGCGCCGCCAGCCGAGCCUACUACGACAGGAUCAACCGCCGUCUGUUCAACCACGUCGCCAUCGUCCUCAAGCACGAGAACUACAACGUCUACCCCGAAGUGCGGACCUUUCACCUCGUCGACCUCGAGGGCAGGAAGCUCCCCAUCCCGCCGUUCAAGGCGUAUGGCAUGGGCUUCCCUGGACAUAUCAAGACGCGCUGGGCGACUGAGCAGCUCAAGAUGCUCUUGGACGACCGUGCUGCUGUCUUGCCGCUCAUUCGCACCCUCGACAUACAAAGCACGUUGCCGCCCUGCAUCCGUAUCGGCCUUCCGCCUCUGCGUGCCGUGAGGAUAUUCCACAAUGGCAUUUCGGAGGCGGUCCAAGACGACAUCCGCACCAAUCCUUGGAACAACGCAUCAUACCAUCCGCCCGCCAACACAGUGGUCAUGUUCGGCGCAUGCAUCCCCACUGCCGCACCGAACACCGGGCACCUUCGCCCGCUCAAGCCCUACAAGAUCAUCAUCCGUUUCCUCGAUGCCGUCAUCGAUGUCAUUGUCGGCCUGGCACCCCGCGACGCGUUGCUGAGCCUCCGCCCGGUGUGUCACUGGCUCAAGACUGAAGUCAACAAGCAGCUGUUCUACCACGUUACCAUCAAGGCUGGCAAGGAGACGAUCAACGACCAGGACGGUGUCAAGGUGCAAACGUACUUCUUCACCGACACGGACGGCAAGCGCCUCCCACUCUCGGCGUUCCAGCUCAUCACCCCGACCACUGGCAGACGCCGCAGAUCCGUGUUCCAUUGGUCGCCCGACGAGUACAUGAGGCCCAAGAAGCGCGCUCAGGCAAUGCACAACAUCCGCGUGGUCGACUAUCCCAUGGAGCUCGCGCGCCGCCGUGACCUCACCUUUGGCGGUCUCACAACCGCACGCGUCUUCUUCGACGACACGACCCCGUACUCCAAGUUGACGGGUAUCUGGGUGCAAGGCACCGACACGAUCGUCAUUACCGGGCACCAUAUCCUUCGGUCGCCGCCCGAGCUGUACAACCGUGGACCGGCACCGUCCAGAACUAGACCGACUUGCACCGCAGUCCUCAACGUCACCCCCCGAUCCCCCCACUACUGCAGCGGCCACGCCGAAGCAUACUCAAAGGACUGGGGCAACUUCAACCUCGUGGUCAUCCUCUCGCCCUGCACUUUUGUUACGAACGGCGCCUUCGCCUCCAUGUGCUUUGCUCGCCAGUUUGUCGACUUUGUCGACGCCGUUCGCAAGUCGGUCAACCAAGCCUCCAUCACCCUGGUCGGCGUCCAAGAGUUCCUCCAGGCCACCCUUCAUUCCGUUGGAGGCUCCUCCAAGCGCAAGCUCGAGCUCGGCCGUCUCCUCGGGGCGGAGGCGUGGGAGGAAUGCUCAGAGGAGCACAAAGCUCGUAUCGAACUCAUGACCCCCGAGCUCGCACGCCUGGGCGUCGCGAUCGACCAGCAUGAUGUCGUUUGCAAGACACUCCUUGAGUACAAGGGUGAGCUCACGACCGAGCAGGCAAACCUCCAGUUGUCCGGCAACAUCUCCCCUUCGGCCUGA